GUAUGGCUGACUGCCCAGAUAUAGAAUUUAGUUAUGAUGAUGCUGACUUGCAAGAAAAUGAAAUGGCUGAAUUAUAUUCAUAUACUGAAGGGUCAGAGUUCCAACUCAAUCUUAAGGCCUGGGAAGAAGUGUGUGCAGAGCUUGGUGUUGUUCCUUUGUGGCAGUCGGCAACGGAUGCAAGCAGACGUUCCCUUAUAGUUCGUCUCUCAGAUCACUUGGAGCUAUGUCAACGUUCCCCUCGCAUGAGAGCAGCUCGAGCUAUACUAUAUAUUGCUCAGGGAUGUUGGGGUGAGGUGCAGAGUGAUAGAGAACAGGCUAUGUGGGCACGGCGUAAUGUCUUUCUCCUAGUUCAGUGUGGAGUUUGGGCAUCUUUCUUACAACUUCUGCAUCUUGAGAUUGAAAAUGUUGGUACAGAAAGUCAGCGAAAGCAAGCUGUUUCUGCUAGUUUGGCUGACUCUGCAGACUUGCGAGUUAUCUUAUCUGUUUUGUAUACUAUUGUAGAAACUUUGAGAGUACUUGGAGAUGAUGAUAAUGAAGUGCAAACACAGAUCAGACUUGCAUUUUGUGAGGAGUUAGCUCAACCCCAGGCAGAAGCUGAGGAAUUGGUGGCAAUGACUCUACUGGGAAUGGUUACCAGAUUCUGCAACUCCUCAGCACCUCACUUUCCCAUUAGAAAAGUGCUGCUGCUGUUGUGGAAAGUGCUACUUUGCUCACUUGGUGGGACGCAAGUGCUGGCACAGCUUAAAAAUACUUAUCGUGAGAAUCAUGGUCUACCUCCUUGUGGCGAAGACACAUUAACCAUUGCACGCACUAUGAGAGCCUCUUCACCCCCAGCAUCAGCGGCUGACCUCAUAGAGCAACAGAAUAACCAAAAAAGAAGACCAUUCAGGAGGCAGGGACUGAUGAAGCAGAGCAGCUUAGAUGACAGUGUUGGUGAGUUGGAUCUUACUGCUGCAGCUGAUGAAGAUGAACAACCUCCCACUGAUAUGGACGAACCACCAGACUUGCCUCAGCCACCCUCCCCAAGACCUGGAACACCCAUUAAUAACAACAGCACCAAUAAAGGAUUACCAUGGACUCCAAAAGUACGGCAAAAGGACAUAGACUCAUUUUUAGAUUCGACACGUGUGAAGUUUGUUGGAUUUCAGCUACAGGGGGACAGGACCUCCCUAGCUGGUCUUCCACAACCAAUCCAUGAAGGAGUUAAAGUUCUUUCCAAGCAUGUAUAUGUAUCGCUGUCUGAAGUACAAAUUAGACAAGAGGAAGAGAUCACAAGGAACCCAAUGUCUCGACCUGAAACAGACAUUCCACAGACACCUGCAGAAAUACUAUACCAAGCAAUGCUGCCAACCCUUCCACAGUGCAUGAUAGCUUUGUUGAAGAUCUUGUUAGCUGCAGCACCAACUUCAAAAGCCAAAACAGACUCAAUAAAUAUCAUGGCUGAUGUGUUGCCAGAGGAAAUGCCAAUGACAGUUGUUCAAAGUAUGAAGCUUGGUGUGGAUGUAAAUAGGCAUAAGGAAGUGUUGGUGAAGGCAGUGUCUGCAACGUUACUGCUGCUCCUGAAACACUUCAGGAUAAAUCACACGUAUCAGUUUGAAUUCAUGUCGCAACACCUUGUCUUUGCCAACUGCAUCCCACUCAUCUUAAAGUUCUUCAACCAAAACAUUAUGGCUUAUGUACAGGCCAAGAAUACGAUAGCACUCCUGGACUUCCCAGCCUGUGUAAUAGGAGAUCCCCCAGAAAUGACAGCUGAGGCCCUGGAGGCAGGAACAGGUAGCCCUAGAGGGGGAAGCCUAAGCCCAGGUGGCAGUGGAGGAAGCCCCAGUGGGGGUGAGGGUAACAUGCAGGUAGUGUCUGGGACAUGCUGCUGGAGGAACAUGUUUUCCUGUAUCAACUUGCUGAGAAUCCUCAAUAAGCUGUGCAAGUGGAAGCACUCUAGAAUAAUGAUGCUUGUUGUGUUUAAAUCAGCACCAAUACUGAAACGCACCCUGAAGGUGAAACAUGCUAUGAUGCAGUUGUAUGUAUUAAAACUAUUAAAGAUGCAGACAAAAUAUCUGGGUCGACAGUGGCGUAAAACCAACAUGAAGACCAUGAGUGCCAUCUAUCAAAAGGUGAGACACAGAUUGAAUGAUGACUGGGCUUAUGGCAAUGAUCCUGAUGCAAGACCAUGGGAUUUCCAAGCUGAAGAAUGUGCUCUAAGAGCAUGUGUUGAUAGAUUCAAUUCACGAAGAUAUAAUAAUACAGUACAAGAUCCGGAUUUUGAACCACUAGACAAUUGUGUUACUAGUGUACUUGGUCGCCCAGUAGAACUAACUGAGGAAUUCAAGAGGCAUUAUGAAGUCUGGCUACAGCAAGAAGUAUUUUCAGCUUCUAUAGAUUGGGACCAGCUACUAGCACCCAGCACCUAAGAGCAAGAUUAUAUUUUAUGAUAAUAUGAAAAAGAAUACACAAUUUUAAUUCCCAGGUACAUACUUGUAUUGAGUCAAUUCAGUGAAUGUUGAUCAAAGAUAGAUCCUAACAGUGUAAUCUCAAGAGUUUAAAAUUGAUUGUGAUAAAAGUCAGUCUGAAUGUUUAACAUUUUUUUUAUAAUUUAGUAUAGAUAAAAAACAACUUUUGUUUGGUUGCUUGAUCAGAUGCUUUUGAAGUCUGUAACUAAAAGCUAAGUCAAGAAGUUUGAGAAUUUUUUGAUGGUUACCCUUUUGUACUCCCUCUCUGGUACAAACUCAAUUGUAGGAGGUGGUAUAUUAAUCCAUUAUCCUGAAUGACCUUCUGUUUUGUUUUUAUAGUUAGGAAUCCCUUUUUAAUUCUAGUCGAUGAACAAGCUGCUCAUUUGAGUCUGUGACCAAAACCCCAGUGUUGAUGUUUGGAUGAGAGUUUGUUACCAAUUAUAGGUAUUAGAAAAUUGUAUUAGGAGUAUAUUAGGAUGUAAGAAGAUGUAGAUUUGGCAUCUUUUUAGCUGUAUUCUUUUAUUUUACUUACAAUAUGAGUGGGAGACAAUGUUGGGUACCCUACAAAAAGCUUUUAUAACCUUUGUUAUAAAGGAUGGGCUCUAAGUUUCUGUUAAUGGUAAACUAUCUAUUAAGUGUAAUUAAUUUAUCUCAUUUCUGUUAAUACUAGCUAAUGAAACAUUGAAAUGAGCUAAUUUUAUUGAAGAAAAUAUGCAGUGCAGAAGCAACAGAAAUAGUGCAGAUGCAUAUUAUCAAAUGUUGACUUUGAAACAUUCUUAACCCAAUGCUUCUAUAUAUAUAUAUAUACUGCUAAAGCCAUCGUUUUGAUUUUGGUAUAUGAAAUAAUAAGGCCUUAAUACUGUUCUUCAGCAUCCAGCCACCAUGGUGCCAAGUCCACAUUAUUGAACUGUGAUUGGACUUAUGUAAUGGUGGCACAAUAUGUAUUCACAGUAAGAUGGACAUUGUCAACAUGGCAUGCCAUACCUAUUAUCUAGAGGCAAAGGGUUAAGAUAUGUUAUAGGUGCGGAGUGCUGAAAUUUAUUGUUGGACUCUUGCUAGCCAUUCAUUAUGUUGAAAGUUGAUCUUGUUUAAUGAAAUGAUACCAAGAAAAUGUAAUGUUCACUGUAGUGUUAUUUUGUGAAAUGUCUCUACACAGAUGGCUCCAGAAGUGCUCAUCCACCAGGGAGUCGAUUAGUAGACCUCUGGACCUCACCUGUUUUCACCUUUCCUUGAGUUUUCAGGAAAAAAUUGUAUAAUUUUUUCAUAGAGCUAUUAGUAUCAAUAAUGUUAUUAUUAAUUUAGAUGUUAUCAUGAUUAUGAUGUUAUUAACAUUACUAAUAACAAUAUGAGAUAAAGUAUUUCCAAAAAUCAAGGAUAAGGAUGAACAGAUGAGAUUGAUUCAUUAUGCACUUGUAGAGCCAUUUAGUAGUGUAAAGACAGUUAAUAAACUAAACUAACAGUUAGCAUAGCAUAUUUGUACAUGGCAGCAGUAUGUUGAUUACCAGACCUAGAUUUGAUUAUGUUUCAAGAGAUAUUUGAAUGCAUAAUGAACAUUUUGUGAAAUGUUAAAGUCUCGGGUCUUCUUUAUUCUUACCUCUAAGUAUAAUAAAAAUGUCCUGCAAUAA